GGCGUGGCCGCCGGUUCUCCCCCCCCCGUCCUCUCGCCCUCCCCCCCCCCCCCCCCCGCCGCCUUGGUGCAGUGCUGAGGAGGCGCCAGGCGGGGGCCGCGCGCGCUUUUCCCGCCCUCGGCGGGGCUGCCGGGACCCCCCUGAGGGCGCCGCUCCCUCACACCCGCCAUGGCGGCACCGCCGGCACCCCCGCGCCGCCCCGAGCUGCGCCACUCGCCAGCCCAAGCCCCGUCCCCGCUCCCCGCUUCACCCUCACUCCCGCCGCGAGCCCGCGGGGUGCGCGACCCGCUCCGGCGCUCCCCUCGCGGCCACCGCUUCGCCCCCGCUCUCUCCCCUCACGCACCCACCUGUGGGUGCCUUCGGCCGCUUCCAUCAUCACCCCCCGGGAGCGAAGCGCUAAAUAUCCCCGCGGCGGCACCGCCUGUGUCACGGAGCGGGGCUGCGAGCAGCAGUGCGGCCCUCCCCGCCUUCUCCCCCCCCCGCCCGCCCCGCUCCGCAUCUUGUUUUCUCCAUACGCACUUGGAAAUGCGUAUGGAGAAAAAGGGGGAUCGGGGGGUGAUCGCUGCUAUUCCCGCUCCAUUCGGGAUACCCACGUACCAACGAGGAAGAACAACGCGGCGCAGCCCCGUCCUAACCCCCCCCCCCCCCCCCCGCGCUGUCACUUGGCUCCUUCCCCCAUGUCGCGACGCGCGUACCCCCCCCCCCCACCAGCCAUGUCGCGACAGCGCCCCGCGCACCUGCCGCGUCCCCCGACCCGCCGUGUCCUACCGGGGGUGCGGGCAAAGGGGCGCUCGGCUCUCCCUCGAUUCUCCCUGCCCGCGGGAGGCAGCGCGGUGCCGGCGCUGCCCCAGGUGCGCGGGGGCUCCGCGGGUGCGGAGCGGGGGGAGCGGCGGGGAGGGGGCGGCGGGAGCCGGGAUGGAGCUGGGAUGGAGACGGGAUGGAGGAGCGAACCUCCCUCCCCCCCAAGCUCCCCGCCCCCCUUUCUCCCCCCCCCCCUCCGGUCCCCCCCCCGCCGCUUGUGUUUACCUCAAGUUUGAAUUUUAUCUGCGCAACAUGAGCUGGAAUGCGGACAUGGAGGGCGGGAGGGCGCGCACACGCCCGGCGCUCCGCGGGGACACCGCGGGCACCCCGCGCACACACCCCCCCUCCGCAUCCCCUCCCCGCACACCGCGCCCCGCGCCCCCCGCCCCGGUCCCGCCGGUAACUUACCUCCGCCACUGGCUCUCCUUCUCCUCCUUCUCCUCCUCCUCGUCGUCCCCUCCCCGGGGGAAGGUGCCGCCCGCAGCCCCAUCAGCGGGGCGGACACCGCGCUCCCGGCGCGCCGAGACAGGUGCAGCCGGGGCGGGCGGGUCGGGGGGCACCACCGCCUACCCCGCCGCCUCCCCGGGCUCCCCCACUGCUUCCCUCCCUUCCUCCCCACGAUGUUGUUUCGUUAUAUCAUGUCCAUCAUGUGACACCCGGAGGCCUCUCUAUGGAAACUUAAAGGGGACUUCCACGUCCGCCGCCGGACCCGCCGGUACCCCCGGGGGGCUGCGAGCCCCGGCGGUGCCCGCCUGCCCUCCCUGCGCUCCCCGCCUGCCCUCCCCGGGGGGCUGCGCUCUCCGCUCCUACGCCCUCUGCUUAAAGUUGAUGCUGGUGCCUGUUAGCCUCGGGAGGGGACCGGAGCUGCCCGGCCAUCCAGGCCCAAUCCUGCAAUGACGGCGGAUCAUCUCCCUUCUCUCUCCCGUUCGUGCUUUGGAGUUGAAGUACCUGUGCUCUGCCCCUCUCAUUUUCAAGUGCCCGUGAAAUGAGCUGUGUAUCUACAGAUCAGCGUUUCAGAUAAUCUCUGCUAUUAUUUUAUCAAAACUUUCAGGAGUUUUGUAGAAAUUAGUAAUCAUUUUAGCUGAAAAGAUUUAAUAAAGUGAGAAACAGUU